UUUCACAAUCCUCUUCUUGUUUUCUUGUCCACUUCUUGCCAGUUACUGAAAAUGACUUGGCUUAUGUGGACCUGCCAUUCACAUUUCGGAGUUUACUGAUUUGAGUUUUUGGGUUGAUCUUGCACUCAGAAAAAGGAUAGUUUUGAGUCGGUGGUUAUGGAGCACCUGAGAUUGAAUGGAGCAUAUUUGGGAUUGACCACUCUAGAUCUUCUUGAAAACUUGACACCGUGGAUUCAAAUGAAGUUGUUUUGUGGAUCCUGCAAUGCUAGCUUGAGUCUGCUUCACUCUAAGGGACAAAGUGCAUGUCACCUACGGCUGCCUAUACGAGUGUCUUUGGUGGAAACACGGGACAUGUUCCGCAUCUGCUGUAUACGCUCGGUGCCGUGCAAGUUUUGGCCCCUUUUUGACAAGUUACAUGUUCUUGACAUCAACAAGGAGACAGAUUGUAUCCUUUGGAAUGAAACAUCAAAGCACUGCAAAACGACGAUGGAUCUUUCUCUGGGGAUAUAUGGGGCGAAGUUGAUGCUCGUUUCCCUCCGAAGAUUCAGUAAAUGUGGAGAAGGCUAUAGGUUAUAUAGUGAGUCGCAAAACUUUGGAUGGCGGGUUUGGUUGCACUCCUGGUGCAGAGUCUCAUGAAGGGCAAAGUGUGUCAUAACCUUACGCCGGAUCUCUUUCGCUGGUUUCUAAUUUCUGAUUGGUGCUUAGUAAGUCAUGUAUUUGCUUAAAUA